UGGCGUCUGGACCAGAUGAAGAAAAAAAGACAAGACAGCAGAGAAGACGUCUCCUGUGUAGACGUUCCGGCUGUGACUGGCAGUGAUGUGACCUUUAGCACGGAUGUUAGUAAUCACCCUACAGAGAUCACAUGGUUCAGGGAUAGGAGUAUGAUCGUGGAGCUGGAGGAGGGGAGGCCGCCGAACUUUUACAGAUGGGGGGACAGGGUUAUCACUGAUCUACAGAGCGGAACCUUUAUCCUCAAGUCUGUGACCCCGGAGGACAGCGGAGAAUACAAGGUGGAACGUUUGGUCCAGGGGCAUAUAACAGAAGAGGUUUUCACACUCCUGGUUCAGGAUCCCGUCUGUAAGGUUGAGAUCCGUAACAUCACUAAGGAGAACAAUGUGACGCUGCGGUGUACGUGCCCUGACCAGAGUGCUCCUCCCAAAUAUAAAUGGGUCAACGAAUCUGAACAUGUGGUGUCUGAGGAUUGGCCCCUCACAGUCCAGAAGACGAAUGACCAGCAGUGGUACGGAUGUGAGGCCUGGAAUGAUGUCUCCAGGAGUAACGCCACCGUCAUCUUGCCGGCCCUAAUAGAUCCCGGGUCAUUGUCAGCUGGUUCAUCCACACUUAUUAUCACCGUGAUCAUCAUCAUCCUCAUCAUACUCUUCAUCAUCGGUAUCAGUACCUUUGUAGUGCUACAGAAACGGAAAAAGAAAAGAACUAUCAGUAAUGGAAACAGAAAAGAAAUACAAAUAAGUCCAGAAGAGGCGUAUCUGAAUGAUAACAGAGAACAGCCGAACAGUUCCUGAUCUGUAAAGAACAUCUCAUCAUGUAUCUGAACACUUCAUGAACUGAACGCCGUUGCGCUGAAUGUAUAUAACGGGGGAGAUGAGACGUCUGCUCCUAUAGGAUUCUCUGACCUGUCGGCCAUGUCGCUAUAAGCCAUAUAUAUCCUCUGUGUGAUACUAUUGUGCCCAACACUCUGCAGCUUCUCCCGCUUCAUUAACCCUGUACAUACCUUUUAUAUUUUUAUACAUUGUCCCCGGUCACUUUCUUCCUCUGUAGGAUCUGGUGAUGGUUCGGAGUGUUCCCCGUGGUUCCUCGGCGCCGGCUGUGCGCACUUUAUCUGUAUAUUGCUGCCUCCAUCCAUUCCAUACACCUUGUUUUCCAGUUCUUCACCAUUAUUAAGAUUAGAGAUGAGCGAACUCGGGAGGACCGGGACCUCAGGGUCUCCCUAAUAAUUAAUGGCGCCC